AUGCUAUAUGAAGAAUUGAAAAAUGACAACUAUGAAGAUGAAGAUGAAAAAUACGUAAAAUACUUCUGCUUGGUGAACUUUUUUCGUUUGCUAUACUGUUUUUCUUCUAUAAUUUUUUUAGUAGGUUUCUCUUAUGCCUCAAAUGGAAACAAGGGAAUUAUUUAUUUAAUUUUUUCUUUUUCUCCCAGUUUUUUUUAUCUAUAUUUAUUUAAAAGAAGAAUUCGAAGAAAAAUUAAUUUUUUACACAUUGUUGAAAUGAUUUUAUAUGGGGCUGUUCUAUCCACUUUUUUUGCCAGUGUUUUAGAAUAUUUUUUAACACUAUACUUUUUUUAUUUUUGCUCUAUUUGCUUUAUGAAGGAAAUUAAGAAAUCUCUUCUUUUUUUGUGUUCAAUAAUUUUAUUUUUUUAUUUCUUUUUUAUAAUAGCAUAUGUAGAAGAGAUUUCUAAAAUUAUACCUAUGAUUUUUAUAUAUAGAAGUAUAGAAAGAAAUAGAGAUGAUUAUAUAGAAAUACCAUAUUUUCAUAAAAACACCUAUAUAAUUGAAAAUAGAUAUGAUGAAGAAGAUAGACAAAAAGAAGCUAAAAUGAAAAAACUAAAAUAUAUUUAUACAAAUGACAUUUUAGAAUAUGUUUUUUUUUCUUUGUGCUCAUCAGCAGGAUUUUCAAGUACCGAAAACUUAUUAUAUGCUAUACAAACAACAAAGGAAAACUUUGUUUCAAUUUUAGUAUCAAGAAAUUUAAUAUGUGUAUUAUUUCAUAUGUGCUGUUCAGGAUUAUCAUCAUAUAAUAUAUUUAACUAUUUGAAUGAUAAAAAUAAGAAAAGUAGUUCUUUAAAUUUCAUAGGAAUACUGUGCUCUUUAUUUUCUUCUUCAUUAUUUCAUGCUAUAUAUGACUAUUCUAUAUACUUUACUUCAUUAAAUGUACCACUUUAUCAAAUUUUUUUUUUAAAAAUUUUGUUUAUGUAUUGUUUUCUUUCUAUGCUACUCAUGUUUUUUGUUGUAAUUAAAAGUAUUAUUUAA